AUGGAAGCAGAUACACUGGCUAAUUUAGGGUCGUCUACGGAAAUGAAAGGAUUUGACUACAGUAUCUUCAUUCAACUUCUACAUUCGGUAUUGGAUGUGGAUGGUUAUUCUGAAGUCAAUUCAACCAACUUAUUCUGGGACUGGAGGAACGAGUUCAUCGAAUAUCUUCGACAUGGAAAAUUACUCAAAUACCCGAAGGCAUCCCGAGCAGUACGCACUGAAGCGGCUCGUUAUUGCCUCAUGGAUGGGCAAUUAUAUAGGAGAUCGUACCAGGUCCCGUUGGCCCGAUGCCUGGGAGCCUCGGAGGUUGAAGCAGGUCCUUACCCAAAGAUCAGUGAACGCGAAGUUGUCGACUUUCUAUGGGACCGCAUAAUCUGCCGGUUCGGAAUACCGAAGGAGAUUGCUUGCGACAAUGGACCACAGUUCAUAGGCUCGAAAGUCACAAAAUUUUUGGAAGAUUUAAAAAUAAAGAGGAUUACAUCUUCACCGUACCAUCUAUGCGCUAAUGGACAGGUGGAAUCAACCAAUAAGACAAUUAUCCAACACCUCAAAAAGAGGUUAGAAGCUGCUAAAGGCAAGUGGCUUGAUGAGUUACCGGAAGUGCAAUGGGCGUACCGGAAGAAGGAAAAAUCGAGCACAGGGGAGACACCUUUCUCUCUCGUAUAUGACGCAGAAGCUCUGAUACCAGUGGAAGUAGGGGAGACAACUUUAAGAUUUUCCCGAGAAAAUAAAGAAGCAAACAAUAAGGUGUUGCUGAUGAAGAUGGAUUUGCUCGAUGAACGCAGGGACUUGGCAUACGUGAGGAUGGUGGCUCAAAAGCAAAGGAUGGAAAGAUAUUAUGAUCGAAUGGCCAAUCUCCGCUAUUUCAAAGUAAGAGACUUGGCUUUGAGAAAUGUGACUCAAAGCACUCGGGAAAUCAAUGUUGGGAAGGAGGGUCCAAAAUAG